AAUCUCAGUUUCUGAGACUUGUUUGCAUAUGUUCACAGACGGGUUAUAUUGUAGUAGUUAACUAAAUAUAAAUGUACCUCCAGCAAGAUUUUGGACUUUGCUGAGAGAGGCUUUACUUGUUCUGCGCGGGCUGUGUGUCUGUGCUGCUGUUGGCUAACAUGUUUAGCAACAAAGCUAACAUGGGUUCCCCAGUCGCAGCGUUACAAGAAUGUGCUCUGUGAACGUGUUAUAAAGCUGCUCACUAUUAAUGUUACAGUUGCGUUUGAGGAAUAAAAGAGUUACUGUCUUGCCCUCUGUAGCACCAUGUCGAAGAGGAAAGUAACAUUUGAGGACGGGACCGGGGAGUUGGACUUGGAUGACGAACUUCCAAGUAAAAAGACUUGUGAGGCUGUGAGUGGGCCAGGCUCCAGAUUUAAGGGCAAACAUUCCCUCGACAGCGAUGAAGAGGAUGAAGGAGAUGACACUAACAACAGCAAAUAUGAUAUUCUGGCCAAUGAUGACGUUGAGGGCCAAGAGGGAGCAACAAUCGACUGUGAUGAGGGAGUUCCGAUUACACCUUUCAACCUGGAUGAGGAGAUGCAGGAAGGACAUUUUGAUUCAGAGGGAAACUAUUUCGUCAAAAAGGAACAACAGAUUAGAGACAACUGGCUUGACAACAUUGACUGGGUGAGAAUAAAAGAACAACCCUUCAAACAAAAGAAGAAAGGUCUUGGAGCCAAACGGAAGCGCAGAGUCGGAGAUGAGGAUGAGGCUGAGGAUGAGAAACGGAGGGAAGAGCAGCAGGCAGACAGAGAAAAUGAAGAAGACGAGGAGGAGGAGGAGAUGGAGCCUGCAGAGGACCCGCUGGCAUCCUACACACAGCAUCAGCUCACCGAAGCUGUAGUCGAACUGUUGCUACCUGGGGAGACAGUUGCUACAGCGCUCCGUCGGCUAGGAGGCCUUGGAGGACGUAAGAAGGGGAAGAUGAGAGAAGAGAGUGAACCCACAGAGGAGGCCAAAAGGGAUACAGAAAAGCUCGACAGGCUCACAGCACUGGCUGACAGAUUGGUUGGAUCUGGGAUGUUUGAGAUCUAUCAGCAAACUUAUGAAAAACUGGCCUAUUUGAUGAGAAGCAUGAGCAGCAAGCAACCAGCUGUGAGGCAGAAACACAGUGAUGAAGAAGAUGAUGAACUUGACAUGUUCGCAGAUACAAUUGAUGAUAAGCAUGGUGGCGGACAAAAGGAUAAAGGGGAGGCAGACGACACAAGAGUGAAUGACGAAGUGCUGUGGGAGUACAAAUGGGACAACGAGGAUAAUUCAGAAGUUUACGGCCCUUUCACCAGUCAGCAGAUGCAGGACUGGGUGGAUGAAGGCUAUUUCAGCAGUGGUGUUUACUGCAGGCGAAAGGACCAGGAGGGAUCUCAGUUCUACAACUCCAAGAGACUUGACUUUGAGCUCUAUACAUGAAUUAUGUUCAGCAUCAUCAAAUGAAUCACAACCAUCACCAUCACGGCCACUAGCAGCAUUCAUGUUUUUGCCCUGAAUCUUUCUUCAAUCUCUUCAUCCAGGGUUUUGGUCUCAAAUCUAUCAUUUUAACAGGGGCUUUAUUUUCUGUACAAGGUUUUUAAAUAAAUUACUCAUGUAUGUGGUGUUGCUAUCAA